UUCAAUUCCUUCCUCUUUCUCAAGAUAACCUCAAAGAGUUAUACUUAGGAAACAUAUGCUUUAGACAUCUUUAAUCCUUUUUCCCUUCUCUCCAUCUCUCUUCCAUGCCUUUGUUUAUUCUAAUGAAGUUGUGAGAAGUGGGGACGAAGAGAAGAGAAGUAAUGCACAAGCGGAAACUAAGAGAGACAAAACAAUAUGACUUGGUGCAAUGAAAGUAGCGAUGUUCAGACCGUUGAAACAAUCAUUCCCUCCCCAACAGUGGCCGAGUCUCCUGAAGCCUCAUUUCAAGUCUCUUGUCACAAAACAUGUCCUUCUUGUGGCCAUAAAUUCAAGUUUCAUGAACAGGCGGGGAUCCAUGACUUGCCGGGACUGCCUGCCGGAGUGAAGUUCGAUCCGACUGAUCAAGAGGUAUUGGGGCAUCUUGAAGGAAAGGUAAGAGAUGACGCAAGAAAGCUUCAUCCUCUCAUCGAUGAGUUUAUCCGUACCAUUGACGGUGAAAAUGGUAUUUGUUACACCCAUCCUGAGAAAUUGCCAGGUGUGAGCACGGACGGGACGGUCCGUCAUUUCUUCCACCGACCGUCAAAGGCAUACACUACAGGAACAAGAAAGCGACGUAAAGUUCACACUGAUUCCGAAGUCGGUGGCGAGACACGGUGGCACAAAACCGGCAAAACACGGCCAGUUCUCACUGGAGGAAGAGUGAAAGGCUACAAAAAAAUCCUAGUACUCUACACAAACUACGGUAAACAAAAAAAACCCGAGAAGACUAAUUGGGUAAUGCAUCAAUAUCAUCUUGGCACCACCGAGGAAGAGAAAGAAGGUGAACUCGUAGUCUCCAAAAUCUUCUACCAGACUCAACCACGCCAAUGCGGUGGAUCCCUUGCUGCUGCUGCCACGGCAAAGGAGCGGCCUUACCUCCACGGCCAUCAUCUCGGUGGUGGUGGUAGUCACCAUCUUUAUCAUAAUAAUGGUAACGUUAAAGGCAAUGGCGGUGGAGGAUCCGCACGAGCCAGUGAGUAUUACAACAAUAUUCCAACGAUUAUCUCGUUUAAUCAAAGCGGGAUACAGAACCAUUUGGUUCAUGGUACUCAACCUUUACCUUAAGAAGAGAAAUAACUUUAUAUGGACGGUCGUAAAAUAAGAGACGCUCUAUAAUCUAAGCAUUAUAUAUAACAUCAAUACAUUGAAAAUAAAUUAAAUUACACUGCAAUCUUAUAUACGUAACAUUUUGUUAUCAUGUUUUGCCCCGUUUUGGUUAUACUGCUUUGUACAAUUUUAUUUCCUCGAACUGAUUAUA